CAGUACAUACACGGGGACUUGUAAGCUGGAUGCGCUGUGUUAAUUUAAAUUCUGUAAUAAGUGGAACUUGGAAAAUGCGGUGUUUAAGCAUAUAAUAGUUGAGAUUUGACAUUUAUUCCCAGGUGGCAGUGCUUUGUAACAGUCUGAAGUGACGUUUCCGUCAUGAGAACUUUUCUGUGAAUCCUGACUUUCAGAGUCAGUGACUACGUUUACAUGGACAGCAAACACAGCUCAAUUAACGGCACACAUCAUUACGUCACCGCCGUCCGACGUUCCCUCCAGAAUUUCACAUACAGUUCGUCUUCGUUAUGAGUGGGAGUGAGAAAGAGAAUGAUUUGCCAGCGGCAGAAAGUCCAGACAUGUCGUCGAUAGAGAAAGCCAGCUUCCUUCAAGGAGAGGAGUAUUCCUCCCACGGUAACCCUCUACAUAGCACCGCUCUGGAAGACGAAAGCAGACCCGAAACUGAUCAUCAACCCGAAGCCACAGCGGGGAAGCGGACAAGUGAAGGAAGAGAGAAUGAGUUCCGCGGCGUGACUGAGACUCCGAAGAGACCAGUCUGUCCUGCGAAAAAUCUGAAAGCGCGACAGGAAAGCGACGUGCAGGCACAGAAGAAGAGCUCCAAAUCUAGAGGGAAUCGAAAGCCAACAGAGCAGAUAGACUGUGCACUAAAAUCUCGACGUGUGCAGAACAUCUCAGAGAGAAGAAAGAAUGAAGGCAAGAAAAGAGCACAGUCUGAGGGAACAAGUAGUGGAGGUUCAGCCACUGACACGUCACCUGACGCAGUUCACGCCCAAAGCCAGAGGCGGCCAUCUUUGUCCUCAGAGGACUUGACUGAUGAGGAUGAGAGCUUUCACCUGAGCAGACCUACGGCAUCCCGCAUGAGUCUCCCGAGGCCAAAGUCGUCAUCCAGUCAGCCGCAGAGAGGUCAGAAACAGAAGAGGAAAUCUUCAUCUGGAUCCACAGACCGUGGUAAUCCCAGUAAGAAGCAGAAACCUGGAGGUGUGAGAAAUCCAAUUGCUCUUGAUGUUGUACUUGAAGCGUUCCAGGAAUUUGUCACCCAGUAUAAGGAGCCAGUGAGCUCUGAGGUUGUUAAAAAAGCCAUAAAUGCUUUUUCUCACUCAUUUGAGGAGCAGCUCACUGAGAAGAUCACUGCAGCUAAGGAUUUCAACAAUGUAAAGCGUGAAGCUGUAAAGGUUAAUAAAACCCUAAACCAGAAGACGACUAGACUUUUGGAAGCCAAGAAUGAAUUAAUCAAGAGUACGGCUGAGGCGAGGAAGCUUGAAAAAGAGCGCAGUGAUCUGGAGCAGAGGCUCACGGCUUUAAAACAGGGUACUGCCUUUCUUAACAACCUGUAUGCGCUGAACACAAGAUACCUGCAACAUCGCAGCACUCAUACUGAUGAACCAGAAACGUAUGGACCAUCCUGCAUGCCAGCUAUGCUGCUGGAGGCCAGGAGCAUCACAGGGACAGAAAACCAGUUAAAGAAUAUCAAUGACCAACUACAGCGAGUCUUAGAGGAAACUGCUCACGAAGAGCAUUGCAAUCAGUGAAUUUCAGAUUUUUGAAAUUGUUAUUUUUGAGCAGUUGAUUGUGUCUUAAAUUGUGUCUCAAAAUGAGUUGUUGAAAAAUAAAGCUAAGGCUAAGUUUGUCAAAUACA